AUGCGCCUCACCACCCAUAUACCAGGCAGUGCCACGCUGCUCACGGCUUUUGCCCUACUCAACGGCAUCGUCGUGCCCGUACGUGCCGCCGACGAGGAUAGCUCGAGUGCCUCGGCCUCAGCGUCGAGCUCGGCCUCUGCCACGCCAUCAUCCUCCUCGGCUUCGGCCUCCUCUGCCUCGCCCAGCUUAACCAGUUCCGAGUCGUCGUCCGCCUCCGCCAGGCAGACCUCUGACACCAACACCGAAAGCGGUGGCCUCACCGGCCUCCCGACACUCACCAACAUUGCUGCCAUUCCCACCUACCCGCCGCCCGCCGUCCCCGAUACCAAGGACGCGCCCUUUAUGCAGUCGUCGAGUGCCCCCGAGGGUACCGUCUUCAUCGCCGUCGGCGCCAUCCUCGGAGCCUUCUUCCUCGCCGUCCUCAUCUGGCGUGCCAUUGUCAGCCUGCUGCUGCAUCGCUCCGUCGAGCGCGCUUCCAAAGCCCAGCACGUCGCCAACACCAAAAAGAAGUCGGCCGCCGCCGCCGCCUUUCCUGCGCCGCCUGCGCCCUUUUACAAGUACACGGACCAAGAGUCGACGCGCUCCCUCGGCCAGAGCCCCCGCCGCGCUAACCGACGCUCGACGCGAGGCCCUGAUCCCUCCAACAAUCCCAGCCAGUCAAACCUCUUCUUCUCGCCCACCGCCGCCAAUAGCGGUGCCGCCGGCAACCGCGGCUCUGCCUACCUGCCCUCGGGGUUUUAUGCCGGCUCCGCUGCCGCCUCUCACCAGCAGAGCCAGUCUAUCGGCAUGGCUAAUCUCAACCCGGCGUCUGGCCAGUACGCCAAUGGCUCCCGCAACAAUCUCGGUGGCUCCCCGCCCGAGUCCCCCAUGUUUCACGCCCGCCGCGAUGCCAGCACCUCGUCGAUAAACCUCGCCGCGCCUCUUCAACCUGGCCAAAGAGCCCCGAGCGCUUACCUCGAAGAUCUACUGGCCGAGGAUCCCUCAGCCUUUCCUCCACAAAGCAUGUCGGGAUCGCGACGAUAG